CGUACCCUUGUCCAGUUCCCCCAUCAUCCUACUCAUUCCCUAGGCCUCUUACUCCUCCUUCACUCACUCACUCCAAACUACCGCACGUAUCCACGCCAUGCGUGCCUACUACUACGACAACCUUGAGGGCGACCAGCGUCUCCUACACGAUAGCCCGCCCUCCACGCCCGUAUCCCCGGAGCGACUGAAGGAGCUGAACGUCUACUACAAGAGGAUACCCGUCUCCGAGCACGAGAGGGAGAUACCAAAGAUCAUGGCUGAGCGUGGGUACAAGAAUAUGGAUAAGAUCCAUGUGUCGAAGGAGGGGUUGGGGGAGGUAUACGAGGCGAAGAUCAAAGCAUUUUUCGACGAACACUUGCACGAAGACGAGGAGAUCCGGUACAUUUUGUCCGGCGCAGGAUUCUUCGACGUGCGAGAGAGCCCAAGUGACAAUUGGAUUCGUCUCGCAGUCGAGCCGGGCGAUCUGCUCAUCAUCCCGGCCGGCAUCUACCACCGCUUCACUACAGACGUCAAGGACGAUAUUCAGGCCUUACGGCUGUUCCAGGAUGCCCCGAAGUGGAUAGCAAUCAACAGGUCGCCAGAGACGGAGAAGAAUGAACAUCGCAUCGGGUACCUUCAAAGCAUCGGAGUUGCGACCGCUGCUGCGUGAAUCGAGUGAUCAUCUUCCUAUAUAUUCGUCGUGUCUACAGCUUCUGUACGAAACCGACUUGAAUACGCGUAUCCCGAUGUAUCUGUAGGCGAAUAUAUGUGCUUGUACUC